AUGAUGCGUCCCAGAGCCGCGCGCACACAUUGGGCAUACUGUACUCUCGAGGUUUUGGAGGGGGCGAUCAUGACGGUUAUUAAACAAGGGUCCGGGUUCGAGCGACCUCCGUCGCAAACACGCAGUGCGCGGUGGGUUCGGUAUCACCGGAGCAAAAAGACGCAAUCGCAGUCUGCCACGCAGUCUGCCUGCCAGAUGCUGUGUCCCGUUACCGCAACUGCGGCAGCGCGAAAGCGGAAGAGCGGUGAGAUCGCGGACACCCUUGACUUUGCGCUGAGCGACAAGUUGGCAGCCGAGGCCGCGGUCGCAAUUAAGAUCGCGAGUUCAUUUUGUCUCUGUGUGCGCGUGAGAAUCCUAUCGGAUGCCGUCGUGGUUGGGCUGGAUGGUCGGACGAACGACGCAUUCACGAUGACCGACCGGGAUAGGCGACGGGGGCGACAGGCGAGGCCAGCAUUGGAUGGAGUGAGCAGCGAGCGGCAGCCAUGGCAGGGGCAGGAGGAGCUGCGGGUGGGGGGACCAGGCCCGAUAAAGCCGCGCGCUUUGGGAGCGGUGGGAGUGAAUGGCGACGAGAUCUCACCACUUUGGUGCAUCGCGCCGCGAGCGAGUGAGCGACUGGCUACUGACUGCGAGGCCUGACGGGAGUGCUGUGGAGAGUGAGUUAGUAGUGAGAGCUAGUGAGCGAGUUCAAUGAGAUAAAGGAGACUGGGACCCACGGG